AUGUCUGCCGCCGUACUGCCAUCGAAGUCAUGCCUGAUUGCAGUGCUGUUGGUUGUUCAAACAACUUCCGAGCCUCGACUUGUGUUUCAAUACCCUCCGAAACCUGAAGAAGACAAUACUCGCUUUCAUGAGUUGCUAGCGAAGAUCAAUCGAUCAGAUGAAUCAUCGUCGUCUAGUGAGGAUGAUGAAGCAAGCUCUAGUGAUGAAAAAGGCAGCACAAAGAAUGAUAAGGUAGAUGUACGGGAGAAUCAUAGCCCUCCAGAGCUCGACGAGACUGGCUCGGCCUCUCCAAGCAAGAGAACAGAAGGGCACGAUAACGAUGUUGACACAGAAGAGGUUCGUAUCUUUGGUUACCCUCCAAACGUGCUAGCAAAAGUACUCUGUCCAUCUGCGUCGAGCCACAGAAAGAAGACUGAGAUUGGCCUUGAUGGCAAGGUCUUCGUGGGACAGCCGAUGUUUGUUGGAGCGGAUGGCAGUUGGAGAAAGAGAAAGACUAGAGCAUCCUUUGGCAAAAGCGUAGCCACAGAUUCUGGCCUUGGCCCUCUGAGUACCGAUUCUGUUCCACUACACCAGAUGGAAACGAACGAAAUUGAAAUAUCGGAGAUUGAAGAAGGUGAUAUGGAGGAUGAUGAACACAUGGCUAGAGCUAAGAGCGACGAUGAUCAAGCAUGGAAUGAUGGCCCAGCUGAAAGCCUGAAUAUAUCAACAAAAACGGAAAAAGCUGUCAAUAUGUUCCACGUCUCCUUUGUACUUCGACCUGCACCGCUAGAGUUUCACCAGAGGGUGAAGGAUAUCUAUCAUAACAUUGUCAAGCCUUUUGCAAACGAUCUCAGGUACGUUGAGAUUCGGUUGCUACUAGCAUUCUUAGAGAGCCUCUGUUGA